AAAAACACGUACAUAAAAGUUUUAUUUAUAAAUUAUAUUUCGUUUGUAUAAAUAUAUUGUUUGGCUUCUUCCCCGAAUAAGCUAAAUGAUUGGGCUGUACCUUCCUCUCCGCAGCCAUAGGAUAACAAACGCACGGUUCUCAUCUUCCAUCGUCACUCACCGACACCAUCCGUAGGUCUUCCAGGAGCUCCUUCCUGCCACGUCAUCAAUGGCGAUGAUGGGUGGCUGACAGUCAAACGCACCCCACGCCUCCUCCCCUUCCCCCCUCUCUCCCUCCAUGGCUUCCCUCGCCUCCCCUCCUCUCCCCUGCCGCGCCGCCGCCACCGCCAGCCGCAGCGGGCGUCCUGCUCCGCGCCUCCUCGGCCCUCCGCCGCCGCCCGCUUCCCCUCUCCUCUCCUCCGCUUCGGCGCGCUUCCCGCGUGCCCCCUGCAACGCCGCACGCUGGAGCCGGCGCGACGCCGUGCGGGUUUGCUCUCAAGCUGGUGCAGCUGGACCAGCCCCAUUAUCGAAGACAUUGUCAGACCUCAAGGAUUCCUGCUGGAGAUUUUUACGGCCACAUACAAUUCGAGGAACUGCCUUGGGAUCCAUAGCAUUAGUUGCUAGAGCUUUGAUAGAGAACCCCCAACUGAUAAAUUGGUGGUUGGUAUUCAAAGCGUUCUAUGGGCUCGUGGCGUUAAUCUGUGGCAAUGGUUACAUCGUUGGGAUCAAUCAGAUCUAUGACAUUAGAAUCGAUAAGGUAAACAAGCCAUAUUUACCAAUUGCUGCCGGUGAUCUCUCAGUUCAGACAGCAUGGUUAUUGGUGGUAUUAUUUGCAGCUGCGGGAUUUUCAAUUGUUGUGACAAACUUUGGACCUUUCAUUACCUCUCUAUAUUGCCUUGGUCUAUUUCUUGGCACCAUAUACUCUGUUCCUCCAUUCAGACUUAAGAGAUAUCCUGUUGCUGCUUUUCUUAUCAUUGCAACGGUCCGUGGUUUUCUUCUCAACUUUGGUGUGUACUAUGCUACUAGAGCAGCACUGGGUCUUACAUUCCAAUGGAGCUCGCCUGUUGCUUUCAUUACAUGCUUCGUGACUUUAUUUGCUUUGGUCAUUGCUAUAACCAAAGAUCUCCCAGAUGUUGAAGGGGAUCGGAAGUAUCAAAUAUCAACUUUGGCGACAAAGCUCGGUGUCAGAAACAUUGCAUUUCUUGGCUCUGGUUUAUUGAUAGCAAAUUAUGUUGCUGCUAUUGCUGUAGCUUUUCUCAUGCCUCAGGCUUUCAGGCGCACUGUAAUGGUGCCUGUGCAUGCUGCCCUUGCCGUUGGUAUAAUUUUCCAGACAUGGGUUCUGGAGCAAGCAAAAUAUACUAAGGAUGCUAUUUCACAGUACUACCGGUUCAUUUGGAAUCUCUUCUAUGCUGAAUACAUCUUCUUCCCGUUGAUAUAGAGACCAAGCAAUCUGAUAUGGUCUGCAUGUUGAGUGCGGCAAAAACUAGAAGCCCAUAUGAACAGUGGGAGUAAGGGAACGAACAUGCCAUCCAUGGGAAGACUCUGAUAACUCUCUCUCGCCCGGGCUGUAAAGGGUAAGCACUGUUGUGCAUAUAUAUGAAAGGAAGGUGAUAAAGCAGGGAUGCUAAAUUGCUACUGGGAUCCUUAAAGGCUUAUAGUGGUCACCAGUGGAAUGUGCCUUAAUAAUUUGGUUACCUAGCAGAGCAAGUUUUUGCAGGUUAUUAGGUAAUAUCUUUGAGGGAAUGAACUUAGAUUUCAUUGUUUUAAGGUCUGGUCACACAACGGGUAGUAGUUCUGGAGCGGCAAAAGACGACCUUGUUUUACACUACCAAGGGAGGUUAACUCUAGUUUUCAUGUGACCACUUACCUUGAGAGUUGAGACCAUGGAAUCACUUGUCGACUCCUCGGCUUGUAUAUUUCUAGUGUCAGCAUUUGCAUUCUCCUCCACACUUGUACUUGAAGAGUUGAAGACAACUUUUUUGUUUGUGUAUUUCUGGAGUGUCAGCAUUUGCAUUCAUCCGGCUUUCUUUCA